AUGUGGCAAAUUGUAAGAUCAUAUUCUUUCAAGCCACUCACAUUGUCAUUACUCAAAAAGCUUGAGCCGUAUUAUAAGCAGCAGCAAUUAUUAAAUGACCAAAUUAUGCAUAUAUUGACUGAAGGAAAAGAAGCAAGCCAAAUUCCUAGGCUGCAAAUUGAAGCUGCAUCACUUAAUGAUCAAGUUAAUUUUUAUACUAACUCCCACUAUGUGAGAUAUAAAAUUAUUGGAAAAUUACUUAUUUUUGUAAAAAAAAGUGAGGGAGCAAAAGUACUUUUACUCCCCCCCCCCUCCGUGAGUGAGUGAACAAAAAAAAUUUUGUUCACUCACGGAGGGGGGUUAAUUUGUUUUUUUAAAAAAAUUUAUAUAUAAAUUUUAUAAAAAAUAUUUUAUUUCGAAAUUUAAAAAAAAUCCUAAUUCGCAAAAAUUGGAAAGCAAAUGUUAAUUUAAUUUAUAAAAUUUAUGUUUUAAAAAGCAAUUCGUUUAAAAUUAAACAGAAUUAAUUUUAGAUUUCAUUAUACUAAUUAUCAUUUAUAUAUCAAUUCUUUUUUCCAUAAAAAAUUUUUGUAUUAAAAAAAUUUUUGUUCACUCACGGAGGGCGGGUUUUUGGGCAAAAAUAGCGAUUUUUCUAAUGGUUUUGUUCACUCACGGAGGGGGGGGGAGUUAGUAUUAAAAUUGUUUAAUCAUAAAUUAUUUUAAUAUAUAAGUGAUAAUUAUUAUAAUCAAAUAUCAAGCUAAUUCUGCUAAAUGAUUUGGAUUCUAAACAUAAUGUUUACAAAUUACUUUCAAUUUUUGCGAAUGGAAUUGUUAAAAAAAUAAAUUUAUUAAAAAUAAAAUUUAACCAUCUAUGAUCAGCAAAAUUUUUUCUUUUAUCGAGAGGGAGAGUAAGCUAAAAGAUUUGACAACAAGUAUAGGGUAUGAUUAUGAUUAAGAUUAAUUAUAACGGGCCACUGGGGUUUAUUUCAGCCCUACCCCUUCACGAGUUAGCUUCACGUUCAAGUGGCACUAGACACUGACUCCAACUAACGCCCAGAUUAAAGAUUGCCUCCCAAGAAGUACAGAAGGACGUUGCGCCUUGGUCUAUCAUCUGUGGGUUGAGGUAAAAAGGUUUAGCACUAAAAUACCUAUCCCAGAUAACUAUCACCAAUAAAGUCUCACCUUUAUCAGGCCUGAUCAACUCGCAGAGCACCGAGGGCCUAGCUCCGCUCACCAUUUUAAUAAUAUAAGUAUAGAAGAUCUGGAAAUCCUCGCAAAAGACGAGACUAUGAAAGAAGACGCUCAAAAUGAAAUAAAUGAAAAAGUAUCUGAGCUAGAAGAUUUAGAAGCUGUGGCAAUUGAGAUCUUGAUUCCAAAAGACCCAGAUGACACUUCUAACACACUUAUCGAAUUAAGGCCUGGUGUCGGUGGAUCAGAAAGCUGCUUAUUUUGCGAUGAUUUACUAAAUAUGUAUAUCUGCUAUGCAGAACAUCAUGGAUGGGACGCCCACACGAUAUCAAUCUCAAGAGACGCGUCAACAGUAAGAGGCGUUAAAGAAGCAACAAUAAAAAUUGAAGGACAUAACUCAUAUGGUAGACUAAAAUACGAAUCAGGUGUACACAAAGUAAUCCGCAUCCCCGAGACAGAAGCUUCGGGACGCCUCCACUCCUCAACCGCAUCUGUUGUGGUCUUACCAGAAGAAGCUCCUGUAGAUUUCAAAAUUGAUGAAAAAGACGUCAAGAUUGAAACAAUGCGAUCACGAGGUGCAGGAGGCCAACAUGUAAAUAAAACUGAGUCAGCUAUUAGACUAACACACAUCCCAACAGGAAUCACGGCACAGUGUCAAGAUGAGCGAUAUCAACACAUUAAUAAAGAAAAAGCUUGGAAGGUACUGAGAUCAAGAGUUUAUGCUUUGGAGAAGCAGGAAAGAGAGCAAGAAGUGCAAGCAUCUAGGAAGUCGCAAAAAGGAACAGGUGAUCGAAGUGAGAAAAUAAGGACUUAUAAUUGGCCUCAGGACCGAAUUACUGACCACAGGUUUGGCUUGACGAUGCAUGGGAUUGAUAGCAUGCUAAAUGGAGCUCUGUUGGAUACUUUUAUUGAUAAAGCAAUAGAAGUAAGAAAAAAUAGUUUGAUUCAAGAGUUAAUAAAAAUUGAUUAG